AUGAGUGACGAAGCGGCAGACGCGAUUGUCAACCGCGACACACCAAUCCCGGUUGUGUCUAUAACGAGCCCAGGCGACCAUUCUCGUCCCUCCUCUUCAAGAACGCCGACCGACUCGCGACAUCAUCUCUCUGCUAGCAAGCUCAAAGACAAGCUUCAGUCUUUAGGCGACAGCCAUGAGCAAUCGGAGUCCCCAAAUCGCUUUUCGGACAAAAUGUUCACCAUGCUGCUCUCUUCAGUUCUUCCCCAAGAUAUUGACGAUGAUGGGGACACACCUCAGGUCAAGGACCGCCGUUCUCGCAAAUACGUCGAUCGUCCCAACUUCUCCCUUCCGCAAAUGUCAUCCAACUUCCGCCGCUUCAACGCCCGGAUAGGCGUGGCCUUCGUAGCGCAAAACCGCGCCAUCCGUCUCUUCACCUGGCGGCAGCCACCGCAAACCAUCUCCUUUCUCUUUGUGUACACUUUCGUAUGCGUAAACCCUACACUGGCCUUGGUUCUACCCCUGGCUUGCUGUCUAUUCUUUAUCAUGGUCCCUGCCUUUUUAGCUCGACACCCACCUCCACCUACCCAUCUUCCAACAGACCUGUACCCGCUGGGAGGGCCUCCUCUAGCCGCAGCUCGUACCGUCAAACCCGCUCCCGAGCUCUCCAAAGACUUCUUCCGCAACAUGCGCGACCUACAAAACGCCAUGGAAGACUUUUCACGCGGCCACGAUGCCGUUGUGUCCUUCAUCACGCCUCUCACCAACUUUUCGAACGAAUCCUUGAGCUCCAUCAUAUACAUCAUCCUCCUUUGCACCUCGGUGAUGCUCUUUAUCUGCGCCCACCUCCUCCCCUGGCGCUUCAUCUUCCUUGCAAUCGGCUACGCCCUGACCAUCCUCGGCCACCCCACCGUCCAAGACCUCCUCGCCACCCCGGAAAACGAGCGCCUCUUCUCCGAAAAGGAACACGAUGGCCGCUCCUUCCUGAUCAACCUCUCCAAAGAUAUCGAACUCGAGACCGCCCCGGAUCACCGCGAAGUCGAGAUCUUCGAGCUGCAGCAUAGACCCUUGCAUGACACGGACGGCGAGUAUGAGUCGUACAUUUUUAGUCCGACGCCGUACGCGCCGCUCUCACCGUCCCGUAUCGCAGGCGACCGUCCUAAGGGGACGCCGUUCUUUGAGGAUGUGCAGCCGCCCCGUGGCUGGCGCUGGAGCGACAAAAAGUGGGUGCUCGAUUUGCUGUCCCGCGAGUGGGUCGAAGAGCGCUGUGUCACGGGUGUAGAAGUGGAAAUCGAGGGCGAGCGCUGGGUGACAGAUCUGCACUAUGAGGAGCUGGAUGAUAUACGGGAGAAGGAGUUUAGCAUGAAGAGUGGGAAGAGCGGGAAGGAGAGAACGAGACUGAAAGAGAGGAAUGUGGGCGGUGCGGGAAGUGAUUCGGAGAGAGAAGUGUUGAGAAGGGCGUGGGAAAAGGGGAGGCCGAGUCGGAAGGGGGAAUGGAGGAGGAGGAGGUGGGUGAGGGGGGUGGAGAGGGUGCCGGUUAGUAAUGGCGGGGACUAA